AUGGGGCCCCCCUCCCCCGACACGGGGGCGGGGCCGGGUGCCGAGAGGGGCACGGCCCAUGGAGUCACGUCAGAGCGGGCCGGCACAAAGGGGGCGGGCAAAGCCCCAAUGAGCGCCCGACCCGUGCCGCGAGAGGCAGCAGCCGGUACCACCUCCGCCGGGCGGGGCGGGGCGGGCUGCCCGGCCGCAGGGGCCGGGCCCGCCGGACGAGCGAUGGACGGCCCGCCCCGGGCUGCGGCCACGGACUGCGCUUGCCCAGGGACGGGAGAAACCGCCUCCCCCUCCGAGAAGCCGGACCCAGGGGGAGGCGAAGCCAUCCCUACCGCAGCCAGGGGGUACUUGGCGGAGAUGCCACAGUGCGGACACAGAAUCGUCUCGGAAUCAGAGUCAAACAGAGGCGGCAGCGGCCCCCGUGACUGCCCGCUGUCCCCAAGCACCGGGAAGGCACAUAGGGAGGGAGGGUCCCCCCCCGUCCCGCUGGCCGUGCGGGGCGGGGCGGAGGAGGGCGGCCCCCCGGCUCCACCGAGCCCCCAGAUGCCCGCGGGGCACCCCCCGCCGGGCUCGGGACCAGCUGGCCAGGAGCCCAAUCCACCCCGGGGGAACAGACAUCGCCCUCCGAGGCGGAGCUGCCCCCCAGCUCUCCCUCUCGGUGUGGGGGAGAGGGUCCUGCGUCAUACAGAAAAUCAGACUCCCCCUCCUCCACAUCUGAGACAGAAGGGGUCCCUAGGGAACCCCGAGAGCUAUAACGAGGAGACCCCCGCCAAACGUCACUCAACUUCUGCCAGUGCACCAUCAGCGAUCUCACAUCCACCGAACAAUGGUCAAGGAGAGCAACCAUGA